AUGCUACAAUAUAAUUACGUUCUGCUACUCAUGACUAUUGGUUUAAAUCAUCUUGUCCAUCGCUCAUUAUCAGUCAUUCUACCUCUAUGCGUCUAUAAAACGUAUGAUACCAGUUCAUUUUAUACAAAUAUCUUGUCAGAAUAUAGAAAUAGACUGUCCAUCGAUGUUGUACCAACUUAUCGAAAAGCAUAUGAAGUUCUUCAAACUGAUAUAAUAAACCCAUUAUUGUAUGCUGAUAUUGAUGAUUUAAAUCGUAAUAAUGAAUCUACUACGCUACUUGUGAAAAAAAUUGAACAAGGUGCAAAAACAUUAAUCCAAAAUCUUGAACUCACCAUGAACAGAAGUAACCAAAUUCGUACCGAAAUUGAUAGAAUAUUAGAAAGUAAUGUGAACAGUGUCUCUAGUAAAGAAGGUUUUGUUCGUGAACAAGAGACAUGCGUUCAUCAGAUGAAUACAAUUAUGCAACAUAUACCAGAUCAACUAAACUUCGCACGUUCACUUAUGAUGGAAAAAGAAAAUGCUGCUGCCACUGCCAGACGCGAGAUGGGUGAAGCUGAACGACAACAUGACCGUCUACAUUCUUAUCGUUGUUUAUGGGGUUUAUUUUGUAGUCGACGAAACAUCGGUAGUCGUAUGGAUAUGGCAAAAAAACGACUGGAUGAGACACAAGAACAGUUAAUGAAACAGAAAUCUAUUGUACUUGAUUUAGAAUCACAGGAACAGAGUGUUCAAGCAACAAAUCAAAACUUAAGAGGUAAACUUAAAGAGUUACAAAUAUCGUUGAAUACAUUCAAAGAAAAUCAACAACUAANUCGUUGUUUAUGGGGUUUAUUUUGUAGUCGACGAAACAUCGGUAGUCGUAUGGAUAUGGCAAAAAAACGACUGGAUGAGACACAAGAACAGUUAAUGAAACAGAAAUCUAUUGUACUUGAUUUAGAAUCACAGGAACAGAGUGUUCAAGCAACAAAUCAAAACUUAAGAGCUCAGUUGAAAGAUGUUAUUCAACAUAUUAGUUCAUUUCAUUCAUCAUCAACAGUACUACGUAACGCAUUACAAACAUUAAUCGAUUUUGAUUUAUUAAUUAUACCAUUGAAUUCGAUUUAUGAUGAAAUGUUAAAAAACCAUGUCAUGGAUCCAUUUGAAAAUGGUCUCAUUGAACAAGGAACGAUUCAUGAAAUCAAAGCAAAAUUAGAUAAAUUAACAAUAAAAUUGCCAGAUAUGCCCAUCAAUCAUCCUGAUGAUGCUGAUGAUAAUAAAGUUCAGAAUAACAAUCAGGGGAAAUUUAAUAAGGAAAUCCGGCAAAAAAACCAGCUUUACCAAAAUACUCAAGCAAAGAAAACAGCAUUGCAUUCAGGUGAUUUCGAUCUGAAAUCAACAUGGUGUGACAAUAAAAUCCCGACUGAUGGUGAUAGUAUCAUGAUCCCAGCUGGCGUAACCAUCACAAUUUCAAGAAAUAUUUUGACGAAUCUUCCUCGUAUUCUAAUAUAUGGUACGAUGAAACUCAACGUUUCAAAAUUUACACUUAGUCAUUCUACGUCAAUCACGAUUUUUAGCGGUGGUUCAUUAGUUGAUACUAUGGAACCAUCAUCUUGGUACUUAGCUUCGAAUUCGGUAAUACAUGUUUAUCGUGAAGGUAUCAUAUCAACGAAACAUUCGAUCAAAAUUUGCAAUAGUCACAGUUGGUACUGCAGCACGGCUUUUGGUUCUCAUACAAAGGGGCCGUUAACAUUGACUGUCGGUCUUGAUGGAAUAGGAACUGUUACAAUUCAUUCAGGUAAUCGACUUAUUGCAAUUACUUCUGGAUCGUAG